AUGCCGAGACCUGAAAGCGAAUUUCCUCCAAGGAUGAAGGACCAUUCAUUAAUCAAUUUCGUAACUACGACGACUUCAUCUAAGAAAGAUUUGAUGGAUCUGCAACUCGCUAGAUACAUAUUUUCUACAAACACUCCGUUUGCUGCUGUAGAACAUCCCGAAUUUGUCAAAUUCGUCCAAAUGCUUCUUCCUGGGUAUCGUUUACCCUCUCGUCAUCAAAUUGGUGGUACAUUACUUGAUCAUGUGUACGACCAAAUACAUGAAGACUGUCGACAAAGACUCCAGGACAAAACAGUGUCUAUGAUGUUGGACGGGUGGAGCAACAUUCAUAAUGAACCCGUUAUUUGUGUCUCGGUUGUGACAUCAGAUGGGGAAAAUUAUCUCAUUGACACUGUGGACACUUCUGGAUAUAGCCACACUGCGGAAUAUCUUCAAUCUGUUGCUUUAGCCUCCGCACAAUUGGCUGAACAACGGUUUGGAUGUAAAAUCGGCAGUCUUGUAACGGAUAAUGCUGCCAACAUGACUAAAAUGAGACGGAUAAUGAUGGAAGAUGGCAAUGAAAUAAUUACUUAUGGUUGCUCGGCACAUUAUCUCAACCUUCUUGUGAAGGAUGUCGAGGUAGCGGACGUUAAAGGAACUAUUGUAACAAUCAAUAAAUAUUUCCGAAACGUCCAUCUUCCAGCUGCAUGGUACAAAUCUAAUGGAGGAAAAAAACUCGUUCUUCCGAUUGAUGUACGGUGGAACACUUUAUCAGACUGUUUUCAAUCUUAUCUGGAUAAUUGGUCUAUUAUUUUGAGAACUUGUGAGGAACACAGAACGGAUAUUGAUACAGAGAUUUUUUCCAAGGUCCAAAAUAUUUCCCUAAAACGACGCGUUGAAGAAUAUCUGAUGCUUAUUAAACCAAUUGCUGUCGCUUUAGAUAAAAUUCAGAAUGAUUCUACCACGAUUAGUCAUGCUGUAGAAAUUUGGAAAGAACUUGAACAGACAUAUAUUGACAAUGGAUGUACGAAUAUUUUAGGAAAAGUGAGAAUUCGAGCAAAACAAGCAUUAACACCUUUCCACUUACUUGCAAAUUGA